ACGCCUUCCUGGCGGGGUCGCCAGGCUGCCCACCGUUGGAGACUGCACGCUGGGAUCUCUCAACCGCCGCUUGCCCGAAUCCAGCAGAGUAGGACGAGUCUGUCAGUGACCCUGACGCCUCAAUGCCGCCUUGUCCCCCAGCCUGGUCCUCUCCAGAUGUUCUGGAAUGCAGCUGCCGUCAGCUACAGCCAGCGCAGGUUUCAGUUCUGUACAAAUUCCCUGACUGGGCCUGAUCAGAAAAAAGCCCAGAAUGGCCAGCAAAGGCCCUGCGGCUUCUGCCUCCACUGAGAGCUCCAACACUGGUGGGACCAGCGGCAGCAACGGGGAUGGUGCAAGCCAGGACAGCACUUUUGAGUGCAACAUCUGUUUGGACACUGCCAAGGAUGCCGUGAUCAGCCUGUGUGGGCACCUCUUCUGUUGGCCUUGUUUACACCAGUGGUUAGAGACCAGGCCAAAUAGGCAGGUGUGUCCUGUGUGUAAAGCAGGAAUCAGUCGCGAAAAAGUUAUCCCACUUUACGGAAGGGGCAGUACCGGGCAGCAGGACCCCAGAGAGAAAACACCACCACGACCUCAAGGCCAGAGACCUGAGCCAGAAAACAGAGGGGGCUUCCAGGGUUUUGGGUUUGGUGAUGGAGGCUUCCAAAUGUCCUUUGGAAUUGGGGCAUUUCCUUUUGGUAUAUUUGCUACAGCGUUCAACAUAAACGAUGGCCGGCCUCCCCCAGCUGUUCCAGGGACUCCUCAGUAUGUGGAUGAACAGUUCCUGUCCCGCCUCUUCCUGUUUGUGGCCCUGGUGAUCAUGUUCUGGCUCUUGAUCGCUUAACCUUGGUCUGUAUUCUACCACAGUUUGUGGGGCUCCAAACUGGUCACGGAUGACUCCUCCUCCUCCCCCUCCUCCUUGUCGCAUUGUCAGCUUCCUGGUGUCUGGUUCCAUAGCUAAUGGGCUCCCGGAAGCCACGGUGUCGCAACGUGGGGAGGAAUCUCGCUUAUUGCGCCAGAGUUACUGGAAUUAAAGGUCUCUUUUGAAAGCAUUCUAAAGUUCAGCCAUGUCUCAUGCAGCACAUAUGUGGCUACAACUGUGAACCUAGCUUUGAGCUCCAUAUGCCAAAAGGGAGCGUUGUUUGAAAUCAUGUGCCAAGCUGCUAGGCCAGGUGCCCGCCCUGGAGGGAGAGCGGGUGGCAGGCCAGGUGUGAAAACACUUGCCACAGUCCUCCCUGAAUCCCUGUGACACAACAGCAGGGAAGGAAGGGAGAUCGAUUGACUGAUGCUUCAGAAUCCAGUUGCAUAUGUUGAUCAAAAUCCAAUGCUCCCGGAAAUCUCUCCUUUCCCAAAUAGGACUUGGGAAGGUGAUGUCGUCUAGAAGUCUUCUGUUCCUUCUGUUACGCACCUGGCUGACAAAAGGCGACCCGCCUCUAACCUUUUCCAGUGAUAUUUUAACAUGAAGGGAUAAGAGACCUUUUGACCUAAAAUGCCUGGACUUCCUGGAGCCAGAUGGGGCAGGUUCUCUCGUCUCAGGGGUGGGGUGGGGCUGUGGGGCACUACAGGGCUCCUGUCUGGUUGUUGCACAGUGCACUUCCUCAUUGAUGAAUGCAGUGUUGCUUUUCCUAACGCUAGUACAGUAGGCAUCAGCUCUUAAUUUGGAUGUAGACAGUUCUGGUUACUGUACUUAUUGACCCUCAUCCUUCCUGAGAUUUAUCCAAAAUUGUCAUCCUUUCCUGUCCCCCCCCCCAACAUGUUGGAAUAGUUUGAAGAGUGGAAGACAAUCUCUUUGAGGAUUUUGCUCUCUUUCCCCCCGCCCCCUUCCCUCUCACAAUUACAGUUUCUGCAUAACGAGAGUAACAGCCUCGAAUUUUGGGAAUACUUGCAAGAGGAGUUCUGUUCAAGCGGAGCUUGUUCAUGAGCUCUUAGCCAAAUGGCUGUUAGUGUGUGAGCUUUUUCAGAUUACCAAAGAUUAUUAUUUUGAAGGAUUGAUCAUGAGCACAAGCCGCAGAAAACCCAUUGAAACGGACUGGAGCCGUGCUCCUGUUUCAGCCUUCCCUGACCUUGUGCUCCUGAGACGAUGUAGUCCAGGUGUGGGGAACCUUUGGCUCUCCGGAUGUUUCCAGGGAUGAUGGGAGUUGUAGUCCCAAAAGCCUUGGAGAGCGCCAGGUUGUUCAUUUCAUUGGGAUUCCUGUAGAAGAGCAUCUCAGUGGUUUGGGGAACUAGUGCACAAGGGAUUCCUUUGCGGGAGUGGAAGAAGAAGAGGAAUAUUUCUUUGAAAAAGGUUGCUGCUGAAUCUUCUGGAUUUGCAGGACCUGAAAUGCAUACUUCUCACUCUUUGACCUCAGUUAGGCUUCCUUGUUAAGUACAAGGGUGUCUCCCAAAGGCUCCUGGUCUUCAUCUCUAUUUUGCAAUCUUUUGAUCUCUUCCACCCCCCCUUGCCCCGCAUUAUUUGUUAGUGUUAGUAAACACAGGGUGUAAUUUCAUGCUAGUCCUACCCAGAGUAGACCCAUCAGUGUUAAUAGACAUGGUUAACUUAGGUUCAUUAAUUUCAGUGGGUCUACUCUGAGUAGGACUUUGUUGACUACAACCCAUUCAUUGAUUGACUUUCUGUAGUAGCAGUUUUUAUGACUUGCUGUGAACAAAUCACAACCAGCAAUCUUGAAAAAGACAAAUGGCAAAAGUGGGCUGCUUUUUCUCUCCCUCGGGUCUGACACUGUGCCUGGGAGGGUGAGCUUGGAAAUAUAAUAAAGUGUCGCAGUGCAAGUCAACAGUCAUUCUCUCUCUUCUCCCUCCCUCCCCCAAAACAAUAACUGUAGAAACAAAGGUAAUUGAAUUUGCUUCACCAGACAGACGGGGAAAGUAAAAGUCUGACCUGCAGCACCUGUUUCAUUCAAGCUUUUCAUACCCUUUCAGUGUCCGCAUGUGAGGAACACGCAGCUUGUUUGACCCUUGAUAGAGCAGUCACACUGAGAGGUCUCCCUUUUUAUCGUGUAAAAUUCUUCUGCCAUGGGUUUCCAAAAAGCGUUCAAGGCCAGGGUCCGUAGAAAAGGCUCUUAGCUGGUGCUGCCUCCAAGAUCCUACGUAGCACAGAUUAGUUUUAUUGGGAAGCAGAUGGUGCCACCUACUGUUGACAAGGGAAUGCUAACAGCAUCUUUAUGUAUAAGGGAUUGCUGGCAUUACCUUUCUCUUGAGCACCGUGGAACUAAAAAUGUACUUGUGGAAGCAAUCUCAUACAACAGUUUGGCGAAAAGCCCUUUUUUUAAACAAAAUAAAAUAUCUGGCAAUUGGCAAAAAGAAAAUGCAGAAGUUUGGCUGUUAUAGAUUUCAAAUACUAAAAGCAGAUUUAACUGCUUUUGAAUGUUUUUUAAAAUGUGGAGUAUUAUACUUUACCAGCUGCUAUCUGAUCUAUAGGCAAAGGUGACCCCAAAGAACCUAGCUCAGGUGUUAUACCAGUCUGAGUCCCACUGUUAAUGAAUGCGGCUUGUGUUGGUGAUAUCCUAAAUGAUCAAAUUGUUGAGCCUCUGUGUUUUACUGAAACAGCAAAGAACUCUGGAGCACCUUAAAGGCUAGUAGGUUUACUGCAUUGUAAGCUUUGGUGGACUCUAUAGCUCAUUCUGUUGGCAGGCACAUGCCAAAGUUGGCUUUAAUUGGGGCAGAAGAUUUCAUAGGUCUAAUCUGUUUUCAAGGUGCCAGAAUGAUACUCUGCUAUUUCGGUUGCUGCAGGCAAAUAAGCCUAUCCCUCUGGGAUUUCAUAUUUUACUGGUGAAUUUGAAACAGCCUCUGGAUUUCUCCUCUCCCCUGAUGUGCUUUUUGUAUUUGUAUAUCUCUACCCCCCCCCGAAUCAUGUAUUGAUUGCACUCGGCCUGUGGUUAGCAAAAGAUGGCACCACUGUGCAACACCAUUGUUCACUAAUUUUCACUGUUGUGAAAGUAAUUUAGAAUAAACACAUUUUUACAUUU